UCGAUAAGAAUUUGAUAGCCUUUGACAACACAAAAACAAAACGCAGCUGGUGUAGUCAUAACUGCGUAAAUAUUAAAAUUUGCAAUACGAAUAUUGGUUAAAAUCGAGUGAACUAUGUUUUCACUAUUUGGCAAACGCAAACCAGCCGAAACACCCACCGAGGAGGCCAUUCAGGGCCCAGCCGAUGGACCCAAGCAAAGCAACGGCGAUGAUUUCAUAUUUGUGGAGCGCAAACCUGACUCAGAUUCCAUCACAUCGCCUAGCAGUGGCAUGAUGUACCCACCCAUGCCGCAAUCGUCGUACGGCCCAAUGCCAUAUCCACCGCCGCUAGGACCAAGAACUGCAACUGGGCAGCCUGGACCGAAUCCAAAUGCGCCAAUCAGCUAUCUGCAGGACAUUCCCUUUGAACUGUCGCCGCAACUGGCCACCAAGGAUCGGUUUAAUGGCACCCAAAUGCAAGUGGACGGCAUUUUGGCGUUGAUGACACGUCAGCUAUCUGUCGAUGCAAUGGCCGAGGAGUACACAUUCGCCCUGGAGCGCUCAGUGCAAAAUGAUUCGUACUGAAUGGACGACUUUUGAAACUAAUGCUAAUUAUAAAUACGUAUACAUAUGUUUAUUUGUAGAAUAAUUUUUAGAUUUGUGGCGUUAGAAAUUGUAUUAUUAAGUAACAAAAGGCAAACACAUAUAUAAAUCGACUAACCAAAUAUCUAAUUGGAAUCUUAAUUUUUCCCCCAUUUGUGAUUUGUGAUUCCCACUUUUAUAGAAUGGAGAGCUUACAAAUGCUCAACGAUAGAUGGCGACACGAAUUUUGUCAGUCCGUGAUUCGAACUC